AUGAAAGAACUAGAUGUAGAAAGGCAAAUUUUUCAAAAUGAAACCAGAAAAUGUAGAAUAAAAAAAUGCUUAUCCAUCGGUACAUUAAUAGUCGUCAUAAUUUUAGUAGCGUCUAUCAUAUCAACUCUAAUAUUUUUUGGUGUGAAAGGCCCAAAAAGUAAAAAAUAUGAUAAAAUAAUACCUCUUCAACUCCCGUUAGUGGAACGAAUAAAUGUAAUAGAACAACCGAGUGUAGUUAUAAAAGCAGAUUCUCCGAAAGAUUUUGAAGUGCCGCCUCCAGUGGUUCCAAAGCUUCACGUGGACCCCGACCCAGACCCUAAGAUAGUGCCAGAAGUUAAGAGAAUUUUGAAGGCAAACCCAGUGGAAGUCAUGAAAAAGGAAAGUAUAAUGACUCACUUUGUUGAAAUUGCAAGAAACAAAAAGGUGGAAAUUAUCGAAGGAGAUUUUGAAACAUGUGCAGCAGGAAAUUGUGGUACCCACGACGGAGAGUUCGUGCACGAAUGGAAGCUUAAGGCGGUGUCGGAGGAUUUAAAAGUUCAGUCUCCCACUGAGCUAGAAGAUGAAUUUGAUAAAAUAAUCAAAUACGACAGGCACAAUCUCCAGUACGGAAAAUACUACUCGGAUGUAUUGACGUAUAACCAAACGUUCAAAAUAUUCAAAAAAAAUAUAGAGAUAGUAGAGACCCAUAACAAAAACCCGAAAAGACUAUACGAUAUGAAGCUAAACAUGUUCGCAGCGUAUGCAGAAGACUUUGGGGAUAUGACGUAUUAUCCAAUUAAGAAUCCGCUUUUUACAGUACCGAAGACCGCAGGGGUUAUCGAAGAUUUUGAUCAAGUAAUAGAUGUAGACUGGAGAAAAAAGGAUGCAGUUACAGACGUUAUAGCUCAAGGAGGAUGCGGAUCAUGCUGGGCAAUAGCGGCAACAGACAUGUUCAACUCGUUCAUGAUGAUUAAAAAGGGCAGCCAGUUUGAAAUGAGUUACCAACAAGUGUUGGACUGCACAGACAGAAGCUUCACAUGCCAAAGAGGAGGAAACCACGGGAAAGCUCUAGAAUAUAUUAAAAAAAACAAAAUCUGUCUGAACUCAGAAAAGGAAUAUAAAGGACAUAUGGACACCUGCGAUGUAAGAGAUUGUAAAUUGAGUAGCGAAAUCGAGAAAAUCAAGAGAAUGAACCACGACGAAUCUUUGGAAUAUCUGAAAGAGAAGGGACCGUUCCUAACGUCCUUUGAAACGAACACAAGUUUCCUGCUGUACGACGACGGAAUAUAUGACGGAAGCUGCGAAAACGGAAGAGGACACUCAAUCGUUGUGGUAGGCCACGGUCACGACACAAAGAAGAAGGUGGACUACUGGAUCGUUAAGAACUCUUGGGGCAAGGACUGGGGAGAGGAUGGGUAUUUCAGAAUUAUUGACUCUUCUAAAAUGGAUGGUAAUGUGAAAAGAUAUCAUUGUGAUUUCACAUUGCAAAGUUACGGAUGGAUUAGAUCCAAAAGUAAAAAUGGAAAAAAUAAUGAGUAUUAA